AUGGCUAGCCUGGUGCUCGCAGCACCUGGGCAAUCUUUGUUUACAAGGGCUUCAUCUUUCCUCUUGCCGGGAACAUUGACCUCUAGUAUGGAUGCAACAUACCUUUCAGAUUUGAAAAACACGGUCAACUAUAUAACCUCCACUGGUGCCUAUGCCGUUGUUGAUCCACACAAUUUUGGGCGCUACUAUGGUAACAUCAUCACAUCCACAACUGAUUUUGGGGCAUUUUGGAAGACGUUGGCAACAGAAUUUGCGUUGAAUGAGAAAGUCAUUUUCGACACAAACAACGAAUUCAAUUCGGAGGAUCAAACACUCGUCCUACAGCUCAAUCAGGCUGCCAUCAACGCCAUUCGAGCUGCCGGCGCCACCUCACAGUACAUUUUUGUGGAGGGUAACUCUUGGAGUGGAGCGUGGACAUGGCCCACUGUCAAUGACAAUAUGAAGGAUUUGACAGACCCGCAAAACAAGAUUAUCUAUGAGAUGCACCAAUAUCUCGACUCCGAUGGCUCCGGCACCUCAGAAACAUGCGUCAGCUCAACUAUUGGCCAAGAGCGUGUUGUGGCUGCCACUCAAUGGCUCAAAGACAAUGGCAAAAGGGCCUUCCUUGGAGAAUUUGCUGGAGGCGCUAAUACCGUCUGCCAAAGUGCCGUGACUGGAAUGCUUGAUUACCUACAAGCAAACAGUGAUGUCUGGCUUGGCGCAACCUGGUGGGCUGCUGGCCCUUGGUGGGGAAAUUACAUUUACAGCUUUGAGCCUCCAUCGGGACCUGCCUAUGUCUAUUACAUGGAUAUUUUCAAGAAAUACUUCCCUGGGUCGACUAGUGGGGGCGUCACUACUGCUACCACUACCACAGGUCCAACAACAACAACCAAGGCCACAAGUACGACCACGAUCACGACCACAACCACGGCAUCUGGAUCCACGUCGACAGCGCAGCACUACUCUCAAUGUGGUGGCAUUGGAUGGAAUGGGGCUAUAUCAUGUGUCAGCCCUUACACAUGUAAGAAGCAGAACGACUACUACUCGCAGUGUCUAUAA